AAAGAUCGAAACGUCGUGUUCGUGGCGAAUAUGGGCCCAACAGAUGCUUCGAAGGUAAACGAUGACGACGACCUUCUAGACGCAGGUUCCCCCACUGGAACUCUGCGAUGGACACCGCUUCAAUACGCAUGUGCUGCUGGAGACAUCGCCGUAGCCACGACUCUGCUCGAGAAUGACAACAACCUUGUACACCAAGUGGGUCAGACCCAGGGCAAGUACACAGCGCUCCAUGUUGCAGUUCAGAGUGGGCAUAAGGACAUUGUGCAGCUUCUUUUAGCGCAUGGUGCGGUAGUCGACGCCGCCGACACUCGCGGCUUUACUCCUCUACAUAUCGCAGCCACCAUGGGUCUACUCGAUAUGGUGGCUCUACUGCUCCAAGCAAAUGCCACACAGCAACCUUCCAAGGCUGGCACCCUUCCCAUCGAGUGCGCCCAUGCCACCGGGUUCGACGAGAUAACGGCGCUCCUGGGUCCUUCAACGCCAUCCACAUCUCCACCGUCGGACUCUGGCGUCCGGGACUGGCUUGCGUCGAUCGGGCUGGGCCAAUACGCCCAUGCGUUUGUCCAAGCCGGGUUCGACGACGUCAACUUCCUCCACGAAAAUGGACUGACCACUGAAGACGUCGUGGCGUUGGGGGUCGUGAAGCGCGGCCACCAGCUCAAACUCAAACGAUUGUACCAGAUCGAUCGGUUUAUUCACAAACCAGACGACGACACUGACAGCCAUUAUACCAGCAGCGACAACAGUAGUGAAGACGACAGUAGUGAAGGCGACGACGACGAAUAGUACAUUCUUCAUAACCAUCAUCCGUCCAUGGUUUGUGAUGCUAAAGCUAUGUUGUACCGUUAACCGAA